AUGUCUAACAAUAUCGUCGUGCUACCUCGUCCUUCAGAGACUCCGAGUACUACCCCACCUUCAAUAAAGGCACCUCCCGAAGCCACUUUCAUCGAAGCUUUCGGUAACCUAUUGCCACCAUUAUAUCUGCAGACACCCAUCGGAAGAGCCGCGUAUUACGAGCUACUACCCUCGGUGGACAGCAGGCAGGAUUCCAUUUCCCGUGUCCUUUUGGUGCACGGCAUUCAAACUUGUGCGAUUGGCUUGCAAAGGUUGGCAAGCGAGUUGUCCUUGCGUUUCCCUCAUGCUCACAUUGUGUGGUUCGAUCUUUGGGGACAUGGGCUUACGGACACGCCUUAUGUUGCGCAUGAGCCGAAGCUAUUCCAUUCAUUAUUGAAUAGUUUGAUGGCGCAUCUUGAAUGGGAGAAUGCUCAUGUUGUCGGCUAUUCGUUUGGCGGGUCGACAACAGUCACGUUUGCAAAUGCAUAUCCAGAGCGAGUUAUCUCUAUGGUAUUGAUCGCACCAGCUGGACUAAUGCGUACUGCUCAAUUUAAUGAGUUGGAGAAAAGUUACUUGGGUGGCGGACCCGAGGAACAAGCGCAAGCCUGGAUUUUGCAAUGGCUGGAAGGCGGACAAUUGAUUGUACCUGCAAAUUGGAAAGAGAGAGUCGGCAGAGGAGAAUUAGUUUCAGAGGCAGUUCGAGACUGGCAAAAUAGAAAUCACGAAGGGCACAAAGCCAGUGUGGUUUCUAUGUUCAGGGAUGGUGGGUGUUUCGAUACACAUGAUGAAUUUGCCGAAGUGGCGAAAAGGGGUCUUAACAUAAAAUGCAUUUUGGGCCAACUAGACGAUGUUUGCAGUGAGCAGGAUCUUUGCGAUGUUGGGAUACGGAAUGUUAGUGUGAUCCCAGAAACAGGACAUGGAGUAGUGAGGGAGAAUGUGCCUGAAGUUGCUGAUCUUAUCGAGGUCUUUUGGAGGAAAAUCUUGUAG